AUGGCUUGGUAUCUAUAUAAACAAAGCAGAGAAGUUGCCAUUGAACGAUUCCUGUUUCUCUUUGUUCUUGCAAUUAUACUAAAUCUCUCAAAAGUACGCUACCCUGAAUUUGAAAGGCAGAAGGUGUCAAACAAGAUCGUUCCUCUUACCAUUAUUAAGGGUGCCGGCCACGAGCACAUCCCCAUCCCCGAUGGCGAGUGCGCUAUUAUUGCCGACUUCCACUCUAUCAAGAGUCAGCGUAAUGACUCUGACCAUUACCUGACCACUGGUUUCUACAAGGUCGUUCCUGGCCCUACACGAUAUGGAUCCUACGAUUACGAGGAGACCAAAUAUGUCCUCAGUGGUCAAAUUGACGUGACUGAUGAGGCUACCGGUAUUACUCACCAUCUUGUUGCUGGAGAUUGGGCCUUCUUCCACGUUGGCUCCAAGGCUCAGUUCUCCACCAGGUCGCAUGGCGUUGCUUUCUACGCUGUCACUCGACCUGCCAAUGACACUCCUCACAUCAACCUCAAGGGCCGUGAGGAGAGCACUUCCAAGUUGUAA